CCCUCAGUUUCCUACUAAAGGGCGGCGCCCGUCUAUAAAUUCACAACCACGCAGUCCUACAGACUACACUUCUCCAGCACGGCUCUGCUGUCCUCUUCUUUUCUUCACACUCCUGCUUGAGAGAACCACCACAGCCAUGCCGUCAGACCUCGAAAAGGCUAUGGAGUCCCUGAUUUUGGUGUUCCACCGCUACGCGUCCAGAGAGGGGAACACCAACACCCUGAGCCGCCGUGAGCUCAGAGAGCUGAUGGAGAACGAGCUCUCCAACUUCCUCAGGUCUCAAAAAGACCCUGGUACAGUGGACAAGAUCAUGAGGGACCUGGACACAAAUCGAGAUGGAGAAGUGAGCUUUGAGGAGUUUGUGUCUUUAGUGGUUGGUCUGUCCAUCGCCUGCGAACAGUGUUAUCAGUUACAUUUGAAGAAGAUAGGAGGCCGAAAAUGAAAAGACGAGCAACAAGGAGUAUUUACACGUUUGUGCUGUUAAUAAUGAUGUUGUCCUUUAAUUGCAGAUUGUGCGAUUGCUUUUAAAACUGGAAAAGAACAUUGUAUGUAUGUUUUAAUAAAAGAGAAAGAGAAAAGAAACAAAAAGGAAGUGAGGAGAUUGGAUUGACAAACCUGUUUGCCGUUAUCUCUCAGUGCACAGGCAUUAGAGGUAAAAGUCCAGUGGGAAAGUGGGCAUGGCAUGUCAUUUAUGACAUUCUACUCUUUGCCCUGCAUACUUUACUUUAUAGCUUCCAACAACAUUUCAGUAUUUUCAAGGUCUGGGGAAUGCCAUUCCCAACACUAGUUUGUAAGUUAAGAUGCCUUGAUCUGCACAUUUUUGCAUUUUCUUGGCACCUGAUCCAGAAAGGUUAACCAAAAAACAUUAAACUGCUUUAAGUCUUUUGUAAUUUGGACCUGCCUGUGCUUGCUUGGCCAUUGUACUGGAAUUAAACUUUGUCCUCACACUCCUGUGCAAACUCUUUAGAAUGUUCUAGACUCUAGAGGUCACAAGACACUACAGACUUUAGAUCUAUAGACACCAUGGUGCCUAAACUAUUACAAGCAACUGGAAAACCACUGAUUAGUCACUGUUUAUUCUGAGGAUAAGUGUUAACAAAUGUGAACAUGUGAUUGAGGGUUUUUUCAGUAAAUGCCUUGUUUUUUCCAUAA